GGGCAGCUUCCGCUGUGGGCGGAAGGGGAACGAUGGAGGGUCAGAGGUCACAGGCAGCAUGGCCGCUGCUGGGGGCGGCCUGGGAGCCCUGGGAGCCGGUGAAGCCAUGGCAGCAGCCCAUGCGUUGUCCCUGCCGGCUGAAGCCUAUGGCAAUGAUCCCAAUAUUGAAAUGAUCUGGGCCAUGAAGGCAUAUCAGCACGCUGAAGUCUAUUUUAAUCUUAUUUCUUCUGUUGACCCCAAGUUCCUGAAACUUACAAAAGUCGAUGACCAGAUCUAUGCUGAGUUUAGGAAAAGCUUUGGUGACCUCAGGAUCGAUGUGCUUGACCCAGAGGAGCUCAAAUCGGAACCAGCCAAAGCGAAAUGGCGCCCGUUCUGUAUGCAGUUUGAUGGGGUAGUUGAAGACUUCAACUAUGGCACCUUGCUCCGUCUGGACUGUACUAAGGACUACACGGAAGAGAACACAAUAUUUGUCACCAGGAUCCAGUUCUUUGCUAUUGAAACAGCGCGUAACAGAGAGGGGUAUAACAAUGCUGUUUACAGCCAUGCCAUGGAAACAAAGUCUGUUGCUCCAGAGAGAGGAAUAUCUGCAUGAGGACAGGGAUGGAAAUACUUUGUCACUUUACUAGCCACACAUGGAGAUGGACAGGAAAGGUGAGGAGGAAGAGUCCCUGGUGCCAGGAGCAUUCCUAUAACUUGUUUAAAGUGGACUCUUACCCAGGGAUGUGUGGUGGAGGGAUAAAGAACAAAGCAAGACUCCAGGCCUGGACAACUUGGCUUCAAUGUGAGAAUUUGUUUGCGGUGCUCUUAUGGCAGCCUUUUUGCCAUGUUAACUACCAAGCACCCUGUAAAUAAAUGUUUGUGUUCUGUAAUGGCUUAAUUCGGCAUGAGUUCAUGAACGCAGUGUGGGAAUCUAGCAGAGCGAGACUAUCUGCUAUAUGUAAGUUCUAGAUGGAACUGCAAGCUAUUUUACAGGAUAAAAUACUGACAAGCUUAUAUCCAGC